ACAGAAGAAGAAAAAGACUAAGAAGAAGAAAAAGAAGAAGAAACAUGGCUGCUCCCGUGGAUGACAUGUUCUCCUCCUGCGUGGACUCCGUGAAAGCUGCCGCCGCGGUGGAGGUGAGAUUCAUCGACAGUAUGAAGGGUAAAGGUCUGUUUGCAAAGCGGAGCUUCAAGAAGGGCGACAGCAUCUUCCUGGAGCGGCCUCUGAUCGCCGCUCAGUUCCUCUGGAAUUCUUUGUAUAAAUAUAAAGCCUGUGACUUCUGCUUACGAGCGCUGGAGACGGCAGAGGACAACGCCAGGAGACUCAGCGGCGUGCCAGGACUCCGCCUCCCUCACCCCGAGCUCUGCCGUGUUCGCCCGGAGCUUCACCAAGCCUGCCCUCAGUGCCAGGUCAUGUACUGCAGCAGCGAGUGUCGUCAGGCUGCAGCCGACCAGUACCAUGGCGUCCUGUGUUUGGGUCCGUCCCGCGAUGACCCCGAUCACCCCAUCAACAAACUGGCAGACGCCUGGAGGAGCGUGCACUUCCCCCCCGAGACCUGCAGCAUCAUGCUGAUGGCGAGGAUGGUAUCCGUGGUCAAACAGGCUAAAGACGGCGCCCGCUGGCAGACGCUCUUCUCUCAUUUCUGCAGCCGAGCGGCCAACGAGGAAGACGAGAUCGUCCACAAACUGCUCGGAGAAAAGUUCAGAGGUCAGCUGGCCGUGUUGCAGAGCCUCUUCAAAGCGGCGCUUUAUGACGAGUCGCUCAGUCGGUGGUUCGUCCCCGACGGUUUCCGCUCGCUGUUCGCUCUCGUGGGAACAAACGGUCAGGGCAUCGGGACGAGCUCCUUGAGCCAGUGGGUUCACGCCUGUGAUGCUCUGCAGCUUCCCGUCCAGCAGAGGGAGCAGCUGGACUCGUUCAUCGACCAGCUGUACAAGGACAUCGAGAAAGAAACCGGAGACUUCCUGAACUGCGAGGGUUCUGGACUCUUUCUGCUUCAGAGCUCGUGUAACCACAGCUGCAUUCCCAACGCCGAGGCGUCCUUCCCCGACAACAACUUCCUGCUCCAGCUGGGCGCCGUCCGUGACAUCAGCGCAGGAGAGGAAAUCUGCAUCAGCUAUCUGGACUGCUGCCAGCGAGACCGAAGCCGCCACAGCCGCCACAAAAUCCUGAGGGAGAACUACCUGUUCGUCUGCUCGUGUCCAAAGUGCGCCACCGAGAUGGACGAGCCCGAUGUGACAUCAGACGAGGAAGAGGAAGAAGAAGGCGAAGCGGAAGGUGAAACGGAGGGCGACGAGAUGGAAGACGAGAUGACGGACGUCUGAUCAAAGACUCGCUCGCUCUCAGAUCCUCCCGUGUUCCUGCCGCCACGCCACCACUGAGCGGUGUGAGCGUGUGGAGUCUCAUCGUCAUUUCACUCCCACGUCAGAUACCGGUCGUGAGCGGUCAGAUGGGACGGUGACGGUUCUUUCAUUCUUCUCACGCCACUUCAGCGGGAGAAAUCAGACAAAGGACUCGGGACUCCGUGGUCGUGGUCACAUCCAGUGAAGCACCCCGGCGCCGUUUUAACCCGUGAGAACAUGUAUGAAAGGGCUAACGUUUCCACACGGUUCAUUCAAUAAAAAAACAUUUCAAUGA